AUGAUUCAUCGGGAUGUUAAAUCAAACAAUAUAUUGCUGGAUGCCAACCUAGAUGCAAGGAUUGCUGAUUUUGGGGUGGCUAAGAUGAUGAUCAAGAACAACAAAACUGUGUAUGAUUGCCGGUUCUCAUGGUUACAUAGCUCCUGUAAUACUUCAGAGAUGAACGAUUUGAAAGCUGGGGCGGAGCUGCUUGAUAUUAUUCUUUCAAAGGUUCUUUUGGAAUUUGUGGAAAUAAAGAAUGUACCAGAGGGUGAAAAAGGAAACCUCCGUGUCUCAUUUAGUAAGAAACAACCUGAUAUACUUUUUAACGCCAAGAAAACAAUGAGUAUAUUAUCCGAGUCUGGAGAAAAACAGGCUGCUGGUGAUGAGCUGAUGUUGUGUUUUGAUUGUGCUCAUUGA